GCUGUUGGAGACCGUCUGAGUCCGUGACCGUAGUUUGACUCUCAGCCAACGUCAGGGAACCGGGGGUUCCAAACAGUUGCUGCAGCCUAGCACGCGCCGCGCGACUGCCGGAGGCGAUGGAGGCGCCGGCACCAUGGAGAGUGCUCGAGUUCUACAGCGGCAUCGGCGGCAUGAGGUACUCGCUGAUGGCGUCGGGCGUGCGGGCGGAGGUGGUGGAAGCCUUCGACAUCAACGACGUCGCAAAUGACGUCUAUGAGCACAACUUCGGCCACCGCCCCUGCCAGGGGAACAUUCAAACGCUCACUGCUAGUGACUUAGACAAAUACAAGGCACAUGCAUGGCUUCUUUCUCCUCCAUGCCAGCCAUACACACGGCAAGGACUUCAGAAGCACUCAGCUGAUGCUCGUGCAUUUUCAUUCAUCAAGAUUCUCAACCUCAUGCAAGACAUGAGCUAUCCUCCACAAAUGUUAUUUGUGGAAAAUGUAGUUGGAUUCGAGGUGUCUGAUACACAUGAUCAAUUGCUGGAGGUCCUUUCAAGUCUCAAUUUUAACACACAAGAAUUCAUCCUGAGCCCUUUACAGUUUGGUGUCCCAUAUUCUAGACCUCGCUACUUCUGUUUGGCAAAACGAGAACCUAUGCGGUUUCGAAAUGCAUCGGUCAACAAUAAGUUGCUCCAGACACCUAUGUGCCUAAGCAUGACACUGAACAGUACAUCACAAGGUAGUGACCACCAAACUGAAGAAGAGCUCGAGCCAGUUUGUAAGCCAAUAAAAGAUUUUCUUGUCAAGGAGGCUGAUGGAGGCACUCGAAAUGAGUCAGUUUUGCAAGCUUACAUGGUUCCAGUAAACUUGAUUGAGCGGUGGGGGAACGCUAUGGAUAUUGUAUACCCUGAAUCUAAGCGGUGCUGCUGUUUCACUAAAAGCUACUAUCGUUAUGUGAAGGGGACAGGCUCCUUGUUGGCUACAUCUGAAAACAUCAAAUGGGUUCCUGAAGAGAAGCUUCAAGUUUCUUCCCUGAAGGAGUUGGGCCUACGAUAUUUCACCCCUCGAGAGGUUGCCAAUUUCCAUUCCUUCCCUUCAAGUUUCUACUUCCCAGAUCACAUAAGCCUCAAGCAACAGUAUGCUAUGCUGGGUAAUAGUCUGAGUAUAGCAGUUGUGGGUCCUUUGCUAUGUUAUCUCUUUGCUGAGGCCUGAGGCAUAGAGAAGUCCAGUCAGCCUUGGUGACAUUAACCUGGCACAAACACUAGCCGCAAUCUGCCGGAACUUUUCCAUACUUUGAUUUAAGCAAGGUUUUGGGGACUACGGUUUGGCCAUUUGGUGAGGACACCGUGUAGGCACAAGCGCACAAUUUAUGUAUCAACAAAGGUGUACCAUUCAAUAGAGAAGCUGUUUCUGCGCAGACUUCCCUCCCUCCCUCACAUGCUUAUAUUGUCAUGGUGAAUGAAUUUUGGAAUUGUGACAUGUGACCCAUUGAUGCGGGAUGAGGCUGUUGUAAUAAUUGUUGAUCUGAGCUUUAAGGAACUUGGAACCUACUUCCUCCGAUGCAAUUAUAGUUCUAUUCUUACUUAAAUUAUUUAAAGUUUGACAAUAUUUAUGAUAUAAGAUAUGUAUAGCAAGUAUAAAAAUAUACUCAAUGAAGAAUCUAGUACUGUAUAUCAUAAACAUCGUCAAACUCAAGAUUCUUUGACUUAGUAUUAUGCUUGAAUUGUAUUUUGAUUC